CCUCACAGAAUCCAGCUUCUCCACUUCACGCGGUCGCAGCCCCAGCCUACUCAAGAUAAUGGCGGCUUCCGAGGUGGUGCUCCUUGGUCCAAAGCUCUAUGAGGGGAAAACAAAAGAAAUAUAUGAGCUGGUCCAUCACCCAGGGAAAGUGCUCCUGCAAUCCGAGGACCAGAUUACGGCAGGAAACGCAGCUAGGAAGAACCACCUGGAGGGCAAAGCUGCUAUUUUCAAUAAAAUCACCAGUUGUAUUUUUCAGUUGUUACAGGAUGCAGGUAUCAAAACUGCUUUUACCAAGACAUGGGGGGAAAUGGCUUUCAUUGCCCCCCAGUGUGAAAUGAUUCCCCUUGAGUGGGUAUGUAGAAGAAUAGCAACUGGUUCUUUUCUCAAAAGAAACCCUAGCUUCAAGGAAGGUUAUAAAUUUUACCCACCCAAAAUGGAGAUGUUUUUCAAGGAUGAUGCCAAUAAUGACGCACAGUGGUCUGGGGAGCAGCUAAUUGCUGCCAAAUUUUGCUUUGCUGGACUUGAGAUAGGUCAAACUGAAGUGGAUAUCAUGAGUCAUGCCACCCAGGCCAUUUUUGAAAUCCUGGAAAAGUCGUGGUUGCCCCAGGCCUGUACACUGGUUGGCAUGAAAAUUGAAUUUGGUGUUGAUAUAACCAAAGAAAUGAUUCUUGCUGAUGUUAUUGAUAACGAUUCCUGGAGACUCUGGCCAUCUGGAGAUCGAAGCCAACAGAAGGACAAACAGUCCUCUUGUGACCUCAAAGAAGUAACUCCUGAAGGGCUGAAGAUGGUCAAGAAAAAUUUUGAGUGGGUUGCAGAAAGAGUAGAGCUGCUUCUGAAAUCGCAAAGUCAGUGCAGGGUUGUGGUAUUGAUGGGCUCGACCUCUGAUCUCUGUCACUGCGAAAAAAUCAAGGAGGCUUGUGGAAAUUUUGGCAUCCCAUGUGAACUUCAAGUAACAUCUGCCCAUAAGGGCCCAGAUGAGACGAGGAUUAAAGGUGAGUAUGAAGGGGAUGGCAUUCCUACUGUCUUUGUGGCGGUAGCGGGCAGGAGCAGUGGUUUGGGACCAGUGCUGUCUGGUAACACUGCAUAUCCAGUGAUCAGCUGUCCUCCCCUCACACCAGACUGGGGGGCUCAGGAGGUGUGGUCUUCUCUUCGGCUACCCAGUGGUCUCGGCUGUUCGACUAUACUUUCUCCAGAAGCAUCAGCUCAGUUUGCUGCUCAGAUCUUUGGCUUGAACAAUCAUUUGGUAUGGGCCAAACUGCGAGGAAGCAUCUUAAAUACGUGGAUUUCCCUGAAGCAGGCUGACAAGAAAAUCAGAGAAUGCAGUUUAUGAGAACACUCUAGUGUUUAUUAUGAGAAAACUACAAGUUCCUAAUUUAGCUCCAGGAAAAAAUCAUGUCAGAUGGAAAAAUCCUAAGUUAGAGAAAAAUGAAAUGUAUUGAAUAAAUAGUUCUCCAGAUUC